AUGAAUGUCGGUGACAAGGAUAGCACAGGUAUUUCAUCUGGUCCAUUGUCAUCUCAAUCACGUUCAGUCAUCGAUCGAUCAUUACCACCACCACAACCAAAUCGAGAAAAUCGACGAAAACAACGUCAUGGCAAUAAAAAAUUACAACGAUUCUGUCGCCGACGACGUGCUCGUGGUAUGAGUGAAGCAGCAAUUACGAAAAUGAUUGAAAAUCGGGAACAGGCAAAAGAAAAGCAAAAGUUAAAAAAAUCGAAGAAUGUCACUACUUCAACAACAACUCCUCAAACAGAAACUAUGGUCACAACUGUAUCAAUACCAGAUAGACAUGGAUUGAACAACAAUCAACAAAAACGUACUACAACGACAAAUAAACGUAAAAGAGAUAUUUCAUCUUUUGAACUUCAUCGUCAUUUUGUUCCAUCGACAAGUGAACGCAAUCUUCGACCAUCAGCAGCCAAAAAAAUGAAAAAAAUCAUUUUUAUACAAUCUAUACCACCAGAUAGUAUUAGUGUGAAUAAAAACUAUCCAAAACCGGCCUAUUUAACUCAUUCACCACAUCUCAUUUUUCAAGCAUUACGUCAUGAAUUCAAUCGUUCCUUGAAUAAAAAAGAUGAACAAAUUUUUAUUCAUGUACGUCUACAAUUAUUAGACCGGCAAUAUCGUCUCGAGCUCGAUCAACGUCUAUGGGAAUCGUAUUUAGAGGUUGGUCUUCAAGAAAAGUUAUGGCCUUGUUCAUUGUAUGAAAUGGCCAAGAACAAUCAACCAGACCUAUGUGGAAAUUAUAUUAUGACACAGUUAGCUAUAAUUGACGAUCAAUUAGAGCAGUACAAUAUGAAAUUGUAUAAACAAGUGCAAUCAUCGAUACCUAUUCUAUUGUCAUCCUUAGAUUUGUUGGACAGAAGUUUGAAAAAUUUUGUUUCUUUACAAGAAAACUAUUUAGUUGACCGUAUAGAUCAUCAAAUAAGGACAUUUAAGGAUGAUAUUCGUGAUCAACAACUCUAUCUAGAUUUGCUUACUUACAAUUUCACAAACGUUCAACGACGUGCACUUGAAGAAAUCAUUCAGAUAAGAAAAGAACAAUUGCAAGUUUAUAAAGAAUUUAUUAUGUUGGGACAACGUAUUCUUCAUCAAUUUCUACCACCAAACUUUGAUCAAUUUGAAAAGAUUACUGCACCUGAUUUUUAUUGGCCACCGAUUGCUGAUCGCACGGUAGUCGAUAUUCGAACAAAACGUCGUACUGUUUUAAAGCGAGGAAAACGUAAUUUACUGAAUCUUUUUUAUGCUGCUUAUGAAUAUAAAUUCAAUGAAUAUAAACAACAAUAUGAACAAAGUUUGAAUGCAUUUGAAUUACAUUGUUCUACUACGAUUCAAAUUAAUGGAAUGUCUCUGAUCGACUAUUUGAAAGCUUUUAUGUUACAUCAUACCAAUCGAAUUAUCGAUAAUAUAUUUCAUAAACUAAGUCAUUUUCGACAGAUAAUUUCACAGCGCUAUCAACGUUCUUCAUCAGCCAAGAAAAUGGUCGGUGUAUCACCUGAAGUGACUAUUGAUGUUCUUGAUUGUCCGUAUAAUACUGAAGAAUUAUCUCAUUUGUCUAUAGGUCCAAACUAUGUUCGACCAAAUCCAAGUGCACUACGUCCAAUAAAACAUCGUGAAACUCAAAUACAACAUCAUCUCAAAGAUAUCAAUACGAAAGUUAAACGUCAAUUGAAGAACUAUUGUAACAGAGAACCGCCAAUAGCAAGGAUGAAACACUAUUGUGAAUUAGUUGAAAAACUACUACGACAACAUUAUAUGACUCCAUUAUCCUAUGUUGAUCGCAUGCGUGCUCAACGAGAAUUCAAAUUAGUAAAGUCUAUUCGACGAAAAGCACAAAAAGCAAAACAUAUUAUACGGGUUUGUGAUAGAGGUGGCGGCUUACAUAUUGGGAAUAAAAGUGAUUAUGAAAGAAAAGCAGCAAAAUAUCGAGAAGAUACAAAAGCCUAUCAAGAAUUAUCAUACAAUCCACUGAUGAAAACAUUAACUAAUGUAACAAAUGCGCUCAAUGUUCUCAAGAAUAACAAGCAAUUGGCACUCAAAGAGUAUAAUCGCCUAAUGCCAAAAUCGGAUCUCAUCAGAUUGUCUUACAUGUAUUUUAAUCCUAAACCACACAAGGAAGGAACACCAUUACGACCCAUUCUGAAUACCAUUAAAGCAGUAACCAGACCUAUCUCCGAUUUCUUAGAUGAAUUGAUUCGACCUAUCUACGAUCAAUAUAAUAAAGAUAAUACAAUCAUUGAUGGUGUGAAACUUAUCAAGCGUUUGGAAAAAUAUGCUGCUGAUGGUCAUCUUAAACCGUCGACUCUUUUCUGUACUUUUGAUAUUAAUAACUUAUAUACCAUGCCGCCACAAGAUGAAUCCAUUCGAAUUCUAGGCGAUUUUCUUCGCCACUUUGUUGGUGAAAGAGUUAAAAAUAUCUCGGUUGCGACCAUUCAAAAAUUAGCCGAAAUUGUUUUGAAAGAAAACAAUUUUAUCUACGAUCAUAAAUUCUAUAAACAGAUUAUUGGUGGUGCGAUGGGUUCACCGUUUACAUUAACUCUAGCCAAUAUAUUUAUGUGCCAUUGGGGAAAACGUUGGAUUCGACGACAAAACAGUAUGGAAGAAAUCUAUGGCCGAUAUAUCGAUGAUGUCUUCUUUACAUCGAAUGAAUCCAUCGAAAUAGUUCGACAAUUAUUACAGGAUGCGAAUGGAUGGCAUCCGAAUAUUAAAUUAGAAUCGAACAUUGGAAGUACUGUUCCAUUUUUAGAUGUUCUUUUGACUAAUAACAACGGAGUUCUUCAUACAUCCGUUUAUCAUAAACCUUCGACUGAACCAUAUGUCGUUCCAUUCCUUUCGGAUCAUCCACGACAUACAUUUCCAAAUAUUAUACAAACGGCUCUUGUUCGAGCAAUUCGAUAUUCAUCGACAUUCGAAGCAUUUAAUAAUGAACGACGUGCUGUUCGAUUUAUGUUAUUAUUUAAUGGUUAUCCGACCAGAUAUAUUGACAAGCAAUUUCGAAAAAUCUUUGGUAAUUAUAUUUCACCCGAUUCAAUCUUACCAUUAAUCGAUAACGAAGAACAAUUUUUUGAAUUACGCAAAGAAUACAUGAAACAACCGACAGCUCGACAUUCUCAAGUCGAAGCACGUAUUGCACAAUUCAAGCAAAACAAUGAAGAACUCCGUUGUUAUUAG